UUUGAUUAGUCCAGUCUCGUGUCUUACGUGCGACGAACAUUUUGCAAUCGACGUAUUGAACAUAAAUUAUAAUUUUAACGAACUAUUAACGUAUAAUUUAAACGUAAAUAAUUUUAAAAUGGAAAGAGCUGAAGAUCGAGUUGCAAAAAUGUUUGCUAACAAAGUUAUUCUCAUAACUGGUGUCACAGGAUUUGUUGGAAAAGUGCUUUUGGAAAAACUAUUGAGAUCAUGUCCUCAUAUUAGGAAGAUUUAUGUUAUUAUCAGGCCCAAGUAUAAGAUGACUUCGGAGGAACGUUUGGAGAAGAUAUUUAAAUCAGCGUUAUUUGAUUUAUUUAAACAAAAUCCAUCAUCACACCAACAAAUAUCUCAAGUGUUCGCCAUCCAAGGCGAUAUCUCAGCCACGGACCUCGGUUUGAGUGCCACUGAUCGCUUUAAGUUGCUGUCUGAAGUAGAUAUUGUGUACCAUUGCGCUGCGCUCCUGCGCCUGGACGAGAGCCUGAAGACCUCGGUGUUGAUGAAUGUGCGAG